AUGCCUACCUUGGCGGUUAACAACUUCAACAUUGUCUGUGCAUCUUUGGGGGGAUUCAUUACGCUCUUUGGACUUGUUAGUUAUUUGAUGAAAGAGAAGUAUUACCUAAGUGAAGCUUUAAUAUCACUCAUCGCUGGACUCAUCUUCUCGCCACAUGCCACAAAUUGGAUCAGACCAGAGGAAUACGCUCUCAACGAUGCCGAGGUUCUGGAUACCAUCACCUUGUACUUUACGCGCCUCGUGCUAGGCGUCCAGCUUGUACUCGCGGGUGUGCAAUUACCGUCAAAAUAUCUAAAGACAGAAUGGAAGAGUUUAUCUCUGCUACUAGGUCCGGGUAUGACAGUCAUGUGGCUCGUGACGAGUCUACUUGUAUUCGCUUUGGUCCCACAUAUCAGCUUCCUACAUGCCUUGGCUGUAGGCGCUUGUGUCACGCCCACGGAUCCUGUAUUGUCGAAUUCCAUCGUCAAGGGGAAAUUUGCAGACAAAAAUAUCCCGAAAGAGUUGCAGAAGAUUAUUGUUGCUGAGUCCGGAGCGAACGAUGGUCUUGGUUACCCGUUUCUUUUCCUACCGCUUUACCUAAUCAAGCAUAUUGGCCACGGCGGAGAAGGCUCGGAUAACAGUACCAAAGUCGCAGUAGGGCUGUGGUUCGGCGAAACUUGGGGCUACACGAUCAUACUAAGUGUGGUUUAUGGUGCUGCUGUGGGCUGGAUUGCAAAGGAACUACUCCAUUGGGCCGAGGAGCGGAAGUACGUUGACCGCGAGAGUUUCUUGGUGUUUGCAAUUACCUUGGCUCUCUUUAUUGUCGGCACCUGCGGCAUGAUCGGCAGCGACGACGUGCUCGCCUGCUUCAUCGCCGGCAACACGUUUACCUGGGAUGACUGGUUCCGCCUCGAAACGAUGGAUGACUCUUUCCAACCAACCAUCGACAUGCUUCUUAAUGUCUCGAUCUUCAUCUGGUUUGGCGCCGUCUGUCCCUGGCGCCUCUUCGCACACUCUCCAGUCAUCCCAAUUUACCGACUCAUCCCAUUGGGUAUCCUAGUAUUGCUUCUCCGCCGACCGCCUAUCAUUUUUGCUAUGCACAAACAAAUUCACCAGAUCGAACAAAGACGUCAAGCACUGUUCGUAGGCUUCUUCGGUCCGAUCGGUGUGAGCGCCAUCUUCUACCUCUACAUCAGCCUUGAGUUUCUUGCUGAUAUCAAAGUCGACGGUGAAGUCAGGGAGGAUGCAGCGUUUCUCAUGGAAGUCAUGAAUGUGGUCAUCUGGUUCUUAGUGAUCUGCUCAGUCGUCGUCCACGGUUUGUCCAUUCCUCUAGGUAAACUCGGCUUCUUUAUUCCCCGCACUCUCAGCACAGCCUUAUCCUUUGCCCGUACCGGAUCUUCAGCUGUGGACGAACCCACAUUCCAUAUCGAGGGGACCGACGGGCCUACAACUGAUGCUGAAGCGCGUUUGCGCCGUCGCCCAGGCUGGUCGCGCAAUGGAGGUGAUUCUCUGCCAAACCGGGUUGUGCGUAUUGGCAGGACUUUGAUCAGUUCGGGGACGAGCUCGGCGAGCACAUCGAGGGCAACUAGUUCGGCGCGCGUGGCCAGUCAGCCGCCGUUGCCCAUGAACAGUGUCAACACUACGGCAAGGGAUGGCGAGCAUGCGGGAGUAGAUGGUGGAGUAAAGGAUGGCGUUGUCGAUGGCGAGGUACCAGGUCCAGGCGAGGGCGUCAUCCCUGGACGUACGAUUCGGUUCCAUGAUGAGCAACAGAAGGUCAAGGUUGCAGAUGAGUAG